AUGGAGCACCCAAAUUUGGAAGAAAAUGUAGGAGAACAAGACUUUGCGUCAAAUGACCGUUUCUUCAACAGUUACAACAUCGUGCCCAGGAGAAUUUUACAGGCCAACUAUGAUUCAUCUCUUCGGCAAAUGGAAGGUUAUCAGGAGGAAAUCGAAACAGAUAACCCGAUAAACGAGUCAAGAGGAGACGAAGCAGAAGAGCUUGAAAAUGAAGGAUGUGAUGAUCGUGAUCGUUGUACUAGUAGGAACUCAAUAGAUAGCGAAAUCUAUGAAAACAGUGAUGAAGAAGUUUACGACGAGAGCAUGUAUGAAAGUGAAGAGGAAUACGCCGAUUCUCCUUUUAUUAUUGAUAAGAUGGAAGAAUGUCUUCAAAAUCAUCAAAUCGGAGAAUUGGGCAGCCGUGUUAUGGAAGGAUUGGAAACCGGCACUUUGGCAGAUGUUCAACUUGAAGAAUUUUGUCGAUCGAGAGUUAAGCCCGAAGUAACGCCUAGAGAGUUUUACGAGGAGCUUGCGUCUAGCGGAAAUGGUGAUUGGAAGAAAUUCAGUAUGGGGCAAUUUGUACUGUCUAAGAUGAAGUCCUCCAAAGACACAGCUUGGGCUAAUACGGAAGCCACGGUCAACUCAUUGGCUGCAAAUUUGUCGAAGGCGAACACAGUGGGAUCCAUUGUCAAACGUGUGAUUAGUAGAGAGUACGCCAUUGAAGAGAAAGACGGAUUCCCUCGAUAUAAUUUGACAAACUUCUAUAAUAACACUACACUCCAAGGACAAGGAGCUGUGGCUCAAUUGACAAGUGUUUAUGUCGGAUUUUUGAAAAACUUGUUCAAGCCAUCAUUCAAGAUUUGGCUGUUCACCUACCGCCCGUCGUCUGCCUACAACUUUGAUAAGCACUUUGUGGAAUACCCAGCAUCAGUUAUCGACACAAUUUUUGCGUUUUCAAUGGAAGUUCUCGGUGUCUAUCUCCCUGAAGAUCUUCUCGUAGGAGGUUGCUACAAUGUUUCAGAUGCAUCAGAAACAUUUCUACAAUCGCUGGGAGAAAAUGCAAGCAAAGAAGUGGAACGACGUAGAAAAUUCCGUGGACCGGCCAGAAAAACUUGUAUCGGAGCUAUGGCAGCAGCUAUGAAAAGUCUCCGCCAACAUCACUACAACGCCGCUCGUGACACUGUAUCGUAUUGUUCAGCUCGUUCAGAUUGCAAGGAGCACUUGACAUGGCACCAGUUGAGAUUCUACAGGGCACAUAGUGGAAAGACCAAAGAAGAGUGUGACUUGGCACGUCCGGAUGAUGUCAUGGCUUUUUGCCGGGAACGUGCGAUGCCACGCUACAGUCUCUCUCCGAAUAGAGAUGCAACAUCAUGAAAGAACAUUCAUUCAAUUUAGCUAAUUUGCUAGUUGACUUUUAUUUAUUUGUUGUUAUUGUUGUUUUGUUAUUGACCAUAUAAAAUUUUGUUUUGUAUUGAUUUCGAGCCAAUUGGAUUAGCAGGAUAAAAAACGAAAAUUGAA